AUGCUUGGAUCGAAAAGACUCUUCACCGCGCGUGACGAAGAUGGUGAUCUGUACGAUGCCGCUCAUCUGGUUCAGCUGAUUGCUGCACUGGGCCCACCGCUUUUUGAGUUCUUGGCCAGGAAUCCGGAGAGAUGGGCGGACUUUUGGAAUGAUCAGAAUGAGUGGCUGGGUCUGGCAUCUAUACCGCAUGACCGGACAAUCGAAUCUCUUGAAAACAAACUCGAUGAUAACUCGGGCUUUCUUCGCUUCCUGCGGAAGACUCUUACUUGGGAACCGGAGAAGAGGGCGACGGCUAAGGAGCUUUUGGAGGAUCCUUGGCUCAUGGGGAAGGAGGGUUGA